AUGGCCGACGAAGCAGCUCGCGCUCACGCCGCUGAAGUGGCGCGCGCUAAUGAAGAAGGACGAGAUCCACCUCCUCCUCCUCCUAAUCCACAAGAUCCUGCUGGAGAUGUGAAUGUGCAACCUCAAGCAGGAGUCCAAACAAUCGGAGAUUAUGACUCUGCCGAUGCUUUCUUCACGGAUAGAAACCCUAUCCAUCCACCACUUCCUGCAAGGAAUGACUAUGAGAUCAAGCCUCAGAUCAUAGCAUUGGUUAGACAGAACCAAUUCAAUGGCCUUCCAGCUGAGCACCCUCUUGAUCACAUAGAAAACUUUGAAGAGAUUUGCAGCACUACUAGAUCCAAUGGAGUCUCUGCUGACUACUUGAAGUGCAAGCUCUUUUCAUUCUCUCUUGGCGACAAAGCUUCAAGAUGGUUGAUCUCCAACUUUCGCCAAGCCACGUCCGAACAGUCUGGUCGACCCGAAGCCCGUUCUACGCAUUUUUCACGGCCCAACUUAACCUAA